AUGGUUCAAGAAGAUUGUUUUGUGAAUGAAAAGGAUGAGAAAUUAAGAACUUUAGGAAUAUUCAAGGAUCAAAGUGGAAUCCUCAGACUAAAAACUAAACUUACCUUUCGUGAGGAUACAGAAGACUUUAAAACGCCAGCUAUUCUUCCAUCCAAUCAUGAGGUUGUCAAGAGACUAGUGCGAUACUAUCAUGAGAAAAAUGCACAUGCUGGUACUCAAAUUUUAAUAAAUAUUCUACGAGAGAGAUUUUGGAUUCUGAAUGCUCGUAAAACUGUGAGAUCUAUCAUCAAUCAAUGCACCGUGUGUAGAAGAUUUUCUGCAAAGAACCUAGAAACUUGUACUGGGGCUCCUCCAGAAGAUAGAUUACGAGAAGCAGCUGUAUUUGAAAUCUGUGGAGUUGAUCUUGCGGGACCAGUAAUCCUGAAAGGCAACAAGAAAUCUUGGAUUUGUUUAUUCACCUGCGCCAUUUAUAGGGCAGUCCAUUUAGAGUUGGUUGAAUCGAUGUCUACUGAGAGUUUUCUACUAGCUCUUAGAAGAUUUAUAGCUCGUAGAGGACGGAGCAGAAUCAUAUACUGUGACAACGGAACCAAUUUUGUUGGUGCUUCAAAUGUACUUCAAGACUUAAACUGGAAGCAAAUCACUGAAGACACAUCUAUACCACCAAUUCAGUGGAAGUUCAACCCACCAACUGCCUCCUGGUGGGAGAGAUUGAUGGGAAUUCUUAAGAAAUUGCUGAGACGAGACGAGUAUUAG